ACACUUAUUCUAUCGCUUCGUUUAGGGCACAUUUUAAGCCUGGAAAAGAAAUGUUUUUAAACGAAUAAAGAGAGAUCUCCAAGAACUAAUGCUGAAAAUGUAGCAAUUGCACGUUUUUCAGUUACCGAUAGAGUUUGUUUUUAUUUUGUUUCGUGGUUCGCUUUAUUGUAUUGAAUUAAAAAAUCAAUUAACAGUGGUUUAAAGUGUAAAUAAAUGUAUUUCAACAAUGGUUAGCUGCUCUGUAACCAACUGCAAAAACACUUCUGCAAAGAUAUCGAAAAAUAAAGACGGAAUUACUUUCCACAGGUUUCCUAGAGAUAAAGAGAGAAGAAAGCAGUGGGAAUUAGCCAUAAACAGAGAGGAGGAUUGGAAAUCCACACCAUCCAGUGCCGUCUGCUCUGAACAUUUUGAGGCUAAAGACUUCUACCUGACGGAAAGUGGCUUGAGAAGAUUGUCUUUGUAUGCUGUACCUGCUAUAAACAUAUCUCCAUGCCAAGAGCCAGAACCAACAAUAUCCCGCGUUCAACCUGUAGAGAUCAAUCCCUCUGACUCAGAGGAAGUCAUCCAACUCAAAUACAAGGUCCACCGUCUAGAAAUAAUAGCAGAGAACAGAAAGAAGAGGCUUAACCAAAUGUGGCAAGGAAAGAGGAGAUUGUGGAAGAAGUAUGAAAGAAUGAAAUGUUUGAUCAAACAUUUGGUCAAAAUUAAAAAAGAUAAAGUUAUUACUUAAGUAGACUUGAUUUAUAUGUGAGUAACUCAAUUUUAUAAAUGUCAUUGUAGGUCUCUUACUUGCAAAUGUAAUGUAGUGAUAUUGGUUCAUUUUUUUUACGGCAAAGCUUGGUUUUUAUAUAAUACUGAUUCUAUGCCUAGGAAUUAACUAAUAACUUUGCCUGGGUCCAAAACUAGUUGGACGAUGAUGAAAAAUACACAGUAGUAAAAGAGUAAUUAAAUUCUUAUAUGUAUUUGCCUCACGAAAUUGAUUAUCAUUAUGAAUAACAUAAAAAUAUUGAGGAAAAUUUUCUUGAAGAGAGUAAUUCAUUUGCAUGCAUAGAGGCAGCAUUAAAGAAUGCACAGUAUAAACACUCAUGAAUGUCUUAGUGUUAUUAGAUUAUUUGAACAAGACUGUAAUAAUAUUUAUUGCUUAAGUAAA